UCAACGAUCGUUUAAUUGUGAGACAGGUGUGAAGGUUUCAUUUCAUUGAAAACCUCACUUGCUCUUUUCUCAACUCUCUGCAACUUCAAGAAGUGAAACGCCGAAAUGGAAGGAGAAGAGCAACGAAACGCGAAUCCCAACGAAAACGAUGGUCAUUUCGACAUCAUAAUCCUUGGAGCCUCAGGUUUCACAGGCAAAUACGUUCUCAGAGAAGCACUUAAAUUCCUCAACACCCCGACCUCGCCGCUCAAAUCCAUAGCCCUAGCAGGCCGGAACCGCACCAAGCUGGCCCAAACCCUCGAAUGGGCCGCGCGGCCCAACGUGCCGCCCACACUCCCCAUUCUCACCGCCGACACCAGCGACCCGUCGUCACUGCGGGCCCUAUGUGGGCGCACGUCACUCCUUCUCAACUGCGUGGGCCCAUUCCGCCUCCACGGCGAGCCCGUGGUGGCGGCCUGUGCUGAAGCGGGCUGCGACUACCUGGACAUCUCGGGCGAGCCCGAGUUCAUGGAGCGCAUGGAGGCCGGGUACCAUGAGCGGGCUUUGGAAACGGGAUCGCUGGUGGUUUCGGCUUGUGGGUUCGAUUCGGUUCCGGCGGAGUUGGGCCUGAUGUUGAAUUCGAGAGAGUGGGUGGGCCCCGCUGUGCCGAAUCGGGUGGAGGCUUACCUGAGCUUGGAAUCGGAGAAGAGGAUUGUUGGUAACUUCGCCACGUACGAAUCCGCGGUUCUGGGUGUUGCCAAUGCACACAGCUUGCAACAACUCAGAAGGUCCAGACCCAGAAAACCUCGCCCUCUGAUUCCUGGACCCCCUCCUUCAAAAGGAGAAACUAUAGAGAACCAGAAGAAAGUUGGUCUUUGGGCAGUAAAGCUACCUUCAGCAGAUUCAGUGGUGGUUCGAAGAACACUCGCAAUUCUAACAGAAAACCCUCGUGGUCUUCCCGGCCUGAAUGAGAGUGCUGAGAUGGUUGAGAAAAGGGAAGCUUUCUGGUCAUCUGUAAAGCCAGCUCAUUUUGGUGUGAAAAUAGGCUCAAAAUCUUUGUUGGGCAUUCUCCGAAUCAUUAUGGUUGGAGUUUUCAUUGGCCUUUUAGGAAGUACUGGUUUUGGAAGGUGGCUUCUUCUGAAAUUUCCUUCAGUAUUUAGCCUUGGUUGGUUCAGGAAGAAGGGUCCUUCCGAAGAGGAGGUGGAAAGUGCUUCCUUCAAGAUGUGGUUUGUUGGGCAUGGUUUUAGUAAUGAAAGGCUUGCUUCUCAGGGAAACACAAAACCUGACAUGGAAAUUAUAACAAGAGUAAUGGGACCUGAAAUUGGAUAUGUCACCACACCAAUCAUUCUUAUUCAGUGUGCUCUUAUUCUUCUCAGCCAACGGAACAACCUUCCAAAGGGUGGAGUUUACCCUCCUGGGAUUAUAUUUGGUCCAACUGAUCUCCAAGACAGACUUCAACAAAAUGGAAUAUCCUUUGAUAUCAUCUCAAAAAACACUAUUUCUUCUUGACUGUUAUAUGUUCAAACAACUUUGAGCAUGUUUGAUUUUUAUUUUAAAAUAGUUUUUUUUUAAUUUUUAAAAGUAAAAUACAAUACAAAUUUAUAUUGUAUUUUAAUUUUAAAAAUAGAAAAUUAUUUUAAAAAUAGAAAUCAAACGUACUUUUAAUUAUUAUAACCACGGUAUUUGUUUUAUUUGACCAAUUUUAUACUAUACUAUAGUUAUAC